UGUAAGGCUAAAAUUAAGAGGGGCAUUUGAAGAGUUCGUAAAUGCAAUCGUGAGAGAGAGAACGAGAGAUCGCCGGCGAUUCGCGAUGGUCCCGUGGCGCUGCAGCUCAUCGUGCAACCGUUCCGCGGGGUCCACGCGGCCACCCGCCGGCAGCAAUGCGAGGGUUUCCCCUGACAUCUCGGCGGACUUGUCGCCGUCGACGGGGGAGGAGGAAGUGGCCGAAGAGGAGAGGUGGUCGGCGCUAGUGCCCGACCUUCUCGCAGACAUCCUGCGGCGCGUGGAGGCCGGGUCGGAGAGGUGGCCGCCCCGGCGCGACGUGGUGGCCUGCGCCAGCGUCUGCCGCCGGUGGCGCGAUGUCACCGUCUCCGUCGUGCAGCCGCCCCUCGAGUCCGGGAGGAUCACUUUUCCCUCGUCAUUGAAGCAGCCUGGACCAAGGGACGCACCAAUGCAGUGUUUCAUCAAGAGGAACAAGAAAAACUCUACCUUUGUUCUAUAUCUUGGCUUAACACAACAACUAACAGAUGAAGGAAAAUUUCUAUUGGCUGCUCGGAUGUUCAGGCGUGGGUUGCACCGGGAAUAUAUUAUCUCCGUUAGCUCUGAUGGUCUCUUCCAUGGAAGCCAUUCAUACGUUGGAAAUCUAAAGUCUAAUUUUAUGGGAACAAAGUUCACUAUUUGCGAUUGGCAAUCACCAUAUGAAGUUGGUAGGACGUUCAGCAGCAGAUCCAGUUAUUGGUUUGGAAGCAAACAGAGAAGGCCACCGGUUUCCACUGGUGAUGUAGAAGUUGGAGAGGUAUCCUAUAAAUACCCCAGUUUGGGACUCAAAUCAAGAUUUCCAGAAAGAAUGAACCGUGGUGUUCAGUGUCCCGUCAUUGGGGGUACUGCAAUGGAUCCGCAGGAUGCAGAACAACCUGGCACCUUAUUCGUUCUGAACAGUAAGAUUCCAAGUUGGCAUGAGCACCUUCGGUGCUGGUGUUUGAAUUUUCACGGUCGGGUUAUGGUUGCAUCUGCGAAGAACUUCCAGCUUAUUGAGCCAUCGGACGAGACAGUGGUGCUGCAGUUUGGAAAAUUUGACGACGACGUUUUUACAAUGGACUACCGGCAGCCUCUAUCGGCAUUCCAGGCAUUUGCUAUCUGCCUCUCCAGUUUCUUUGUGAAUAGGUAACUCAGUGCGUUCAUUACUCUGUCAUUCAUUUAGAACGAGUUCAAUAGUAUAGCCAAUCGCUAGCUCCAAUUCAUCUAUAGUCAAUCUAAUGGCUUAUUCAUACAAUAGUUACCUACAAAACAUUAGUAUAUGGUUCCACAUGUCAUAUGCACACUCUGUCUAGAAGUCCGUGUGUAGCUGGCUACAAAUUAGUAGUCCACCUCUCUUCUCUAUCCUCUCUUAUCUUUUUAAAAUAUAUUUAUAGCUGGCUUAUAACAUGCUAUUGUACCUGCUCUUAUUCCGGCGAGAAGGAUGUCAGAAAUAGUCCAUAUUUCUUUUGAUGACGCAGUUAUUCGAACCAUACGGUUUUAUAUAUGAUACAUUGCCUUGCCGCCUUAUGAUGUUGUGAUGCAUAUCUGUAGCUUGUGUGCAUAGGAUGCUGUAUGUAUGUUUCCACGAUGAGGAAUACCGAUUCUGC